UUCCGGGUGCAGAGCAUUCCGCCCUUAGCCACACAAAUGACGGCUAGCGGCAGAGCAACCUUUAUCAUACGGUACCGGCGGUGGUGAAGCAAGCCUGUCCAGGUCCAAGCACUUCUGGCUCCUUUCCAUAGAAAAGUCUACCCCUGCCAGCAAAUCUCAGCAAAUCCAACGGUGUGCCCACCAAGACUGCCCUCGCACCUGCUCAUUCCAUUGCUAACGUCGGAUCAAGUAAGCGUGCGUGUCUUGUCGUCCCCACUGCCUUUUUCUCUCCCGCGUUCCUCCUUUUCCUCCACCCAGAAUUCCCUUUCCUUCUUUCCUUUCCUCGUUUCCUUUCCUUUCCCUGUGCCGCCACUCCGCCCAUCCAUCACCAGACUUCCUCCCUCUCUCAUCGCAUUCUCUGCUUCCCUCCUCCUCACCGCUUGCUUCCUUUUCGACAGUCUCUCGUUCAUUCAGCCACUCGAAACCCUCACCUUCCUUCAACCUCUCUCAAGUUCGUUGAGCCGAGCAGCAGAGUGGAGUUUGUUUCUGAGUUCUCGCUGCUUUUCUUACAACUUCAUAAUACCUACCGUCGUCCUUCUACAACCCUCCCCCAUACAGUCAAAUAUUAAUACACACAAAAUGAUCUCUCUGAGAAGUUUCCUCCUGGCGGCCGUGGCCCUUGCAGGGGCUGUCAAUGGUUUGUCACACAUCUACUACCCCCUACCCGUAUCACCUUCACUAUCUAUCUACUGUUACAUUCCCUUCGGUUGGCCCUUCCUGCCAAUUCAACUUGAUGAACCUGGCAACGAUAAAUUUUGGGCAUUGAUUUUAUGCUGACAUUGUUUGUUUUCUUAGCCCAAUGCGACAAGAGUGUCGAGAUCAAGAGCGAUAGCGAUGCUAGCGCCUUGAGUUCUUGCAGCACUAUCAGAGGAGAUGUUACCAUCGGAGAGGGUAUUACCACCCUCUCUUUGUCGAGCCUCCAGACAAUUGAGGGAGAUCUUACCAUCAAGGGAGCCGUCGGAUUGACUUCUAUUGAUUGCCCUAUGCUCAGGCAGAUUGAGGGUGAUUUCGUCAUGCAGGGCUUGACUGUCUUGUCCAGCUUGUCCAUGCCUGAGUUGACCAAGGUUGGCUCCAUCUCGUGGACCACCCUUCCCGCUCUUUCCGAAUUGACCUUCGCCAAAGGGGUCACCGAGGCCUCAAGCGUCCUCAUUACCGACACCAACCUCGCCAGCCUCGCCGGUAUCAACUUGGUCACAGCAAAGACCUUCAAUAUUAACAACAACAGAUACUUGAAUAUUGUUAAUGUUGCUUUGGGAAAUGUCAGCGAGGCUCUCUCCGUCGAGUUCAACGGGAAAUCGCUCAACUGCUCCUUCCCCCAGCUCGUCUGGGCCACCAACAUUACUAUCCGUGAGGCUGGUGACGUUUCUUUCCCCAAGCUCACCUCCGUAAAUAACUCUAUUGCCUUCAUCCAAAACAACUUUGAGACUGUAUCCUUCCCUGAGUUGGAGAAGGUUGGCCAGUCGUUCGCCUUCAACAGCAACAUCAAGUUGACUAAGGUCACCGCGAAUGACCUUGUAUCUGUCGGUGGCACCUUCCAGUUUGCCAACAAUACCAAGUUCCAAACCCUCGAUGGCUUCCGUUCCUUGAGAACAGUUGGUGGCUCUGUCGACUUGUCUGGUACCUUCAAAAAGUAAGAUUACCUUUUUACUUAUCUGAUUGGAUAAGACUGACUUCUAAAAGCGCUACUCUUCCUGAGCUCGACGAUGUCCGCGGUGGAUUCAACCUUCAAACCACUGAGGAGUUCAGCUGCGCUGAGUUCGACAAGAAGAAGAGCAGUGGAGUGGUCAAGGGAGACGAGUACACCUGCAAGGGAAAGCUUAGCGAGGCCAAGUCCAGUGAGGGAGGCGCUUCGACCAGCGGUGGAUCCAGUUCAGGAAGUGGCCAGAAGAAUGCUGCUGCUGGACGUGCUGGUAUCAGCACUUUCGCCCUGAUCGCCGUCGUUGCUGCUACUUUGAUCCUGUAAAUUUAUAUUCCUGGAUUUCUGGAUUUUCUUUGAAGGGUUUUAGUGUUUUGUCAAUUACUACGGAUGUUGUCCUGGAGAGGUAGAGUUGAGGCUCGCUAAUUUUAUUGUUAGUCUCCAAGAUAUUUUUGUGGAGAUUGGGGAAACAUGAUGAGGCAAUGAAGUUGAUUGGUGUUCGUCUGCUAAAAAGGUUCCGGUUGCUUGCGUUUCUUUUUACUUUUUCUUUUUCCCUUCUUUUUUUCCUUUCUUUGCCUUGCCUUCAUAUUCAUUUUCUCCGGUCAUGUCGUUCAAGGCCGUCAUCUGGAGGUAUAAGUGCGGUGAAAAGCAUCGCGUUAUUUUCUGUUAUUCAAAAUACACGGUAAUUGGGACUUUCACUUCAUCCAGUAAUUAUUCACUCGUAUUUCUUUAUAUUAUACUUUGUGAUGCAUAGCUUGUUCUUGGUGGCUCUUUUCUUUGCCCCUUUUGUAUUUUUUUUUCUUUUUCCUCUGGACCAAAGAUACCCUGUGGUGGUGAAAUUUUUUCCUUAGCAGUUCUUGACCAAAGCAAUUUAUCAAUUGUUCGUUUGCUGUGGGCUUGUAACACUGAAAAUUCAAUAUUUUUUCCGGUGGCUUUUUUGUAAGCGUGGUGUGGUAGAUCCGGCCAUAUGUAACUGACAUACCAUAUUUGCCAAAGGUUUAAUGAUCGGUAAAUGCAAAUGUGAUGCGACUUGUUAUUUUAGGGCCUGUUCGGCUGCAACGAGAUAUGGGGUUUUUAGAAGUCUAACUCCAUUUUUACUAAAACUGUCAUUUUAGAAAUAGUUGUGUUCAGUCAUCAGAUGUUUUGAUUUCUAAAAAUGCCAUUUCAACAUCGAAAAUGCCAUAUGAAAAGGAGGUCUGAGCAGAAUUUCUGGACCCUCCUUCUAACCAUCCACCUCAUCAUCAAUGACCAUGAUGAGAAAAAAAAGAAAAAAAAGCCUGCUCUUGCCGAACACCUGAUACAAAAAUCUGAUUUCUAGUAAUUCCUUGGAAAAAGUGAAUAUUCUGCUCCUCACUAAGAAUGCCGUUUCGGAUAUGAGGUGCAACCGAACAGGCCUUUAAUUUUUACAGGGUGAUAGUUUGUGACUUAACCCCGUAGUAUGAUGGAAGGAAGAAUCAGAAUCAGAUUUACCAGCCAAGUCCUGACCACUGCAGCAGUCCUCUAAUUCCUCCGGUAUCAUGAUAUAUAUUUAUAUGGUACCUGGCUUGUCCGAUAGUAUGGAUCUCUUAUCCUGAGCUUUUUUCUGAAUUUUUGUGGACUUUAAUUGAAAUAAUAUAACUUCUUUAUGGGUUUUCUGCUAUGUUGUGUGCAUAAUCAGUAUUUCUCUUUCAUCUACUGUGGGGUUAACUCACAAACUAUCACCCUAUAUAUAUAUAUAUAUAUGUUGUGUUAUGUAUAUAUAUAAAAGUCGCGUCGCAAUUGCUUUUAUCGACUAUGAACGAGGAGAAAUAGGAGGGGGGCCGGCUAUUAACCCUAGGGGGAACCUUUUUGCGGAUCUCGCUCGCGUAUGGAAUCACAAUUUAUUUAUUUAAAUUUCGCGUCUCUUUUUACUAACUUACCAGAUAUCGAGCGGGUACCCACCCAAGACUUCUGCUACCUGUACCGGUGCUCGAGAGGCUCAAAGAUACCGGUAUUCGGACACCUUAGGGCCAAAAGUCUGUGCGUUUGUUGUGCCUUGGCAUAGAGGUGUCCGGAUAUCAUACUUCUGAAAUUUGGGGGCAGUACUCCACGUCCGUCCAUUAUUGUGAGGUAAGAGGCCUAAUUUUACAACUCCGU